AUCAUAUCAUUAAUCGACAUUAUUGCGAGCCAUGAAAUGACAUAACGCCUAGGCCUAUAUGCUGUAGUACAUAAUAACGUCAAUGAUGCUCAUUUCUCACUAAAUGGACUGGAUGUGAACGCUGCAGCAGCAGGGAAUAUCAAAGAGGAAAUCACAUUCAACUCCAAAUAACAGAUGGAGGAGCGCAUGCAUGAAUUAACGGAGCCGAGAAGCUCAGCGGCGAUAUUAAAGAGAUGAAACACCUUUCGUUCUCCCCUUGAUGUGCUCAACCCGCCAGUGGGGAAGAGGUGAGAGACAGCGAGAGACACCUAGGAGCACCUAGAUGCUCGGAGAUAACAGCGUCCGCAGCGCAGCGCCAGGCAUCGGGGAGAGUGAUAACUCUGUUUACUGUCAUCUGAGAUCUGGCUCCGGACCAGCGGUGAGGUAUGGGCUGCGCUCCCAGCAUCCACGUCUCCCAGAGCGGCGUGAUCUACUGCCGAGACUCGGACGAGUCCAACUCUCCGCACCAGACCACCACAAUCUCCCAGGGCACCGCGGCCACCCUCCAUGGGCUGUUCAUCAAGACGGACGCGGCCGACACCAUCCCCUCGGUCAUCACUUACCAGACCAGGCAGUCCCGGAACAAAUCUCACCGAGAGAGGAGAGAGAACAGCGGGGGACACAUCUGCAUCGAGGCCGAGACACAGACCAGGCACACCAGUGUCAAGGUAUCAGCCACAGAAGAAUGUAUAGGACCUAUGAGACUGACCCAAGAACCUAUUCAGGUCCUGCUGGUGUUUGCGAAGGAGGAUGGUCAGAGCGAUGCCUUCUGGUGGGCGUGUGACCGGGCGAGUUUCAGGUGUAACAUCGCCCGAACGCCAGAGUCCGCUGUUGAGUGUUUCCUGGACAAGAACCAUGAGAUCGUGGUCAUCGACGGACGCCACUCACGAUACUUUGAGGCAGAGGCUGUCUGCCGGUUGAUCCGUGCCACAAAGCCCUCAGAACACACAGUCAUUCUGGCCAUCGUGCCACAGACGCCUUCAGAUCAGGAAGAGCCGUCUGUUCUUCCUCUCCUCUGCGCUGGAUUCAGCAGAAGGUAUGUGGAGAACAGUAGUGUCUCUGCCUGCUAUAACGAGUUGCUCCAGAUAGAACAUGGAGAGGUGCGCUGCCAGUUCAAACUCAGGGCAUGUAACUCAGUCUUCACUGCUCUGGACCACUGUCAGGAGGCUGUGGAGAUCACCAGUGAAGACCAUGUGAUACAGUACGUGAACCCAGCGUUUGAGCACAUGAUGGGAUACCAUAAAGGAGAGUUAAUAGGGAAAGAGCUGACAGAACUCCCCAAGAGUGACAAGAACCGAGCAGAUCUUCUAGACACCAUCAACACCUACAUCAAGAAAGGAAAGGAGUGGCAGGGGAUCUACCACGCCAGGAGGAAGUCAGGUGACAGCAUACAGCAGCACGUCAAGAUUACGCCUGUCAUUGGCCAGGGAGGUAAAAUCCGCCAUUUUGUCUCCAUCAAGAGGCCCCACAGUGACAACAACAAACAGGUCCAUAAGAUCAACAGAGAUGGAGAACAUUCCCAGUCAGAGAGCCAUUCCCUGCGUCACAGAGACAGGAGGAAAGAGUCGGUUGAUGCCAGGUCAAUCAGCUCGCGUGGCAGUGAUGCUCCCAGUCUGCAGAACCGGAGGUACUCUUCUGUUGCCAGGAUCCACUCUAUGACCAUAGAGGCCCCCAUCACCAAGGUGAUCAACAUCAUCAACGCGGCCCAGGAGUCUAGUCCGGUUUCGGUAGCGGAGGCGCUGGACCGGGUCCUGGAGAUCCUUAGGACCACAGAGCUCUACUCUCCUCAGCUGGCCUCCAAGGAGGACGACCCACACACCAACGACCUCGUAGGGGGGCUCAUGAGCGAUGGUUUACGGAGACUGUCUGGGAACGAGUAUGUCUUCUCCAAAAGUACCUUUCCAAAUAUGAGCCAGAGUCAGCUGGCCAUCCCAGUAACGCUGAAUGACAUCCCUCCGGCCAUCGCUGAGAUGCUGGAUGACGAGGACCAAUGGGAGUUUAACAUCCUAGAGCUGGAGGCUGCCACCUGUAAGAGACCUCUGACCUACCUGGGCUUGAAGAUCUUUGCUCGCUUCAGUGUGUGUGAGUUCCUGAGCUGCAGUGAGACUACGCUACGCUGCUGGCUCCAGGUUAUAGAGGCUAACUACCACGCCUCCAACUCCUACCACAACUCCACCCACGCCGCUGAUGUCCUACAUGCUACUGCCUACUUCCUACGCAAGGAGAAGGUCAAGGGUAGUCUGGACCAGCUGGAUGAGGUGGCUGCGUUGAUCGCGGCGACGGUCCAUGAUGUGGACCACCCAGGGAGGACCAACAGCUUCCUGUGUAAUGCAGGAAGUGAGCUGGCUAUCCUGUAUAACGACACGGCAGUGUUGGAGAGUCACCAUGCCGCCCUAGCCUUCCAACUCACCGUCAGGGAUAGCAAGAGCAACAUCUUUAAAAACAUCGACAGGACUCAGUUCAGGACGUUGAGGCAGGCAAUCAUAGACAUGGUGCUGGCUACAGAGAUGACCCGCCAUUUUGAACACGUCAACAAGUUUGCCAACAGCAUCAACAAACCAAUGGCUGCCAUCGAGGAGUCCAGCUCAAAUAGUGAAGGCAGUGACAGUGAGGGUCCAGCCAGCAUCAGGAACAGCCCAGAGAACCGGCUGCUGAUCAAGAGGAUGAUGAUAAAGUGUGCUGACGUGGCCAAUCCCUGUAGACCUCUGGAGCUCUGCAUAGAAUGGGCCGGACGCAUCUCUGAGGAGUACUUUUCCCAGACUGACGAGGAGAAGAGACAGGCUCUACCGGUGGUCAUGCCUGUAUUUGACAGGAACACCUGCAGUAUCCCCAAGUCUCAGAUCUCCUUCAUAGACUACUUCAUUACAGACAUGUUCGACGCCUGGGAUGCCUUCGCCAGUCUACCUGGCCUCAUGGAGCACCUGUCAGAGAACUACAAAUACUGGAAGGGUCUGGACGACAUGAAGUGCAAGAGCCUGCGCCCGCCUCCUCCUCCGUGACCCCUCCAUCCCUCCCUCUCUCCCCUCAUACCUCCAUCCCUCCCUCUCUCAGGGUAGGGGGGACAGCGAAUGUAACCAAGCGCUGGUAUUAAGCCCUCCCACUGUGAUUCUACCCAGCUCCACACACACUGGACUGUACUACAGUUUGUCAGACCUUAGAGCCUGCAGCUUGGAGCCCUGAGAAGAGCCCAGGGACUGACAUACUGGCUAAUAUAAUGACACCCUAUUCCCCAUGUAGUGGACUACUACUGACCAGAGCCCCAACCCAAACAGAUUUCCCAUCUUUGGUUAUCUGUUGUUGCCUCAAACUACAAAAACAGAUUUCAUACAGAGAAUCAUUAUGAUACUCCUUGCCAAAUUUAGCAUGGGGAUUCUGGUCAAACGUAGUGCACUACAUGGGGAAUAGUGUAACAUUUUAGAUUUGCCCACUGAGGCUCAAGCUAGCCUCUUCAGACCCCUCUCUGGUCCCUGUUGGGCCCUUAAUGGGACUAUACAGCCUCCUGACCAUCUGUCCCAGCCUUAGGGGUGAGGACCAACCAAUCAGUCCCAUCCUUAGGGGUGAGGACCAACCAAUCAGUCCCAGCCUGAAGGGUGAAGACCAACCAAUCUUUCCCAGCCUGAAGGGUGAAGACCAACCAAUCAGUCCCAGCCUGAGGGGUGAAGACCAACCAAUCAGUCCCAGCCUGAGGGGUGAGGACCAACCAAUCUGUCCCAGCCUGAGGGGUGAGGACCAACCAAUCUGUCCCAGCCUGAGGGGUGAGGACCAACCAAUCAGUCCCAGCCUGAGGGGUGAGGACCAACCAAUCAGUCCCAGCCUGAGGGGUGAGGACCAACCAAUCAGUCCCAGCCUGAGGGGUGAGGACCAACCAAUCAGUCCCAGCCUGAGGGGUGAGGACCAACCAAUCAGUCCCAGCCUGAGGGGUGAAGACCAACACGUUACAAACCAACCCACCGCACUUUAGCAGCUCAAAGUCACUUUCUCACAAUCAAUUUUUUUCCUGUCUCUGUUUUUCUGCUCUCUUCUCUCAGGCAAGGGCCUGCUGUUGUUUCUUAUACUGUACCUUUUCUUUCUGUCUGCCUCUACUCUAGUGUGUAGUAAUGCUGAGAUGGGGACCAAAGCUUCAUUAUACUGUAACUACUACAGCUAAAAGAGAAGAAAUCACGGAAUAUUACUUAACUAAAGCAUGCAGAGAGAAAUCAGUUCACUCAAGCACAUGUGCACGCACACUGUACUCACUCUUCCAACAAAACAGCUAACUGUAAACUGUAACUCUGCUCUCCUUGUUCUCUCGCCAGCUGAAAGUAUUAAGUAAUAUUGAGCUCUGAUAAGCCCUGUUAGGCAGUCAUACAGAGAAGUAUGUGUGUGUGUGUGUGUGUGUGUGUGUGUGUGUGUGUUGGCAGCAGCCCCAGAGCAGUCAGAGGUCUGUGUUCGCUCCAUACCUGGGAGGUUUACAGAGCCGAGCCCAGCUGAACUGACUGCUGUAAUAUCUCUCUAAAUGGGGGAGAACCAGAGCUCUGCGCAGAGAGCCAGGCCUCACAGGCAGCUAGCCCACCACCAGGCUCCCCUCAGGGGCUAGAACCAGCGCUCACUCAGCCCACUCUGGAACUCUGCUCCACAUGGCUCUUAAAAGAUAACUAUCCUGUCAACACUGGGGCUUAGUGGGAACAGUAUCAGAACAGUAUUACAACACUAUUAGCGACAAGUGGGGGAAAAACAGCACUAUAUUAAGGACUGUUGAUCUUCACUUAUAAACCACAUAAGAAGUGAAUUAUCUGAGCGACAUUAGGCUAAGUGUAAUGUUUAUGACAGCUUGCAUUGAAGCUAAUCAUAAUUCAUUACUUAAAAAAGGUCAUAAAGUUCCAGUGUAUCCAUUUAAACAUCGAAGGCACAUUGUGGACACAUACUGUAGAUAAUUGUAAUCUCAAAAUAUGAAGGAAACCAAUUAUAGUAUCACAACAUGAGAGCAGUGGCUAAGCAAGUUACUAUUCUGAAGCACAACUCAUUGAUUUCUAACAUUCCAGUUAUUCUCUGGUGUGCAGUGCAGUUAUAGGAGUACUUUUUAUUUUCCAACUGCUUUUUGUACAUCCUGUGUCCCCAUAGCGUGUUGCUGGUCCGUUGUGAAGUAGCAUGGCAGUGUGGUCUGAGCAGAGAGCCACCUCACAGCAGCCUGAUGAAACCACAAUGGGAGAGACACAGCAUGAAAGACUUGGAUGGCCCUGGUCAAAUUACACCCUAUUCCCUAUGUAGUGCACUACUUUUGGGCCAGAGAUUUAUGUGGUGAGAGACACUGGCACACUUAGCUCUUGGGGCUUAAACAGUUGUGUCUUAAAUGCACUCUACUGCCUAUAAAGUGCAGUACAGUACUGGUAGUGUAUUCUAUGGGGAAUAUGGUGUCAUUUUAGAUUGACCCUGUCUUUGGAUCCUCUCUGGGAAAAGAGACCAUAAGGCCAGCUCCCAGUACACUGUACAGCUGCUUGGUUCUGUUUGGUUUUCAACUCCAACUCCGACUCAUCCCCUUCCCCGUCAUCUAAAAUCACAUUACUGUGUAGCUGUCUCCCUCCAUUGGUUGGCAGUGGGAAAUGCAGUUCCAAUCAUUUCCUUGUGCAGCAACAGUAGCAGACAUACAAGACAGGCAGUCAGAGGCAUAGCCGCAGGAAGUAGGGGUGCUGAGGGUGCUGCAGUACCCCCUGAAAAAUCAGAAGAAGAUCAAUUAUUAAUACAAAAUUUACAAAAAUACUAAAGUAGUGCACUGGGCCUUUACUAGUCCUGAAUUAGCAGACCGAUAUAUAGCCGUCUGUAGCGCGGGCCCAAAAACAAAGUAAGCUCUGAGUUCAAAGUGCAUGCGCGUGCGUGCAUGUGUGUAAAUUCAACCAAGAGAAACUAAACUAGUGUACGUAGUUAACCGAAGGCACAGUGAUCUUCUUCAAGGUGCCUUAAUUUGCUCCUCUCCUCUGAAACAGUGUUCCUUUAGCUUCAAAUGGUUUGUUUGGCUUCAAAUGGUUUGUUUGGCUUCAUGGGGUUCAUUUAGCUUAAAAUGGUUUGUUUGGCAUCAUGUGGUUCGUUUGGGUUAGUGAGCAGCUGAACAAAGCCACUAGACUAAGCCAUAUAGUUUACAUACACUUAGGUUGGAGUCAUUAAAACUUGUUUUUCAACCGCUCCACAAAUUUCUUGU